GUAAGACUUGAGAGAUUGUUGUGUUAAGGUGGGGUAGAACAACCCAAUCAUUCAGUGAGUGGUGGUUGGGUGACUCGUUAGCCUGAUAAUCACGCCUGUGAAAGUGUGAGGUAGGAGAAUCAUGACUCUGGUGAUGAAGAUGAUGGUGCUAACGGCGGUGCUGACAAUGGUGACUGCCGUGCCUCUGGGUACCACGAGACGAAGCCUCAUGAGCGAAAUUAUCACCCGGCUCCUUAGCUCUCGCCCCUCAGACAUGCACAUCCAGGACACGGGUGAACUGGGCAUGGAGGCUGGCUAUCUGGUGGAGACCCACACCGUGACUACAGAAGAUGGUUACAUCCUUACCCUUCACCAUGUUCCUCGUUUUGCCAACCCCUCCAGACGCUUGUCCAGCAUUAGGUCUACUAAUACACACUCACGAGGUCGCAAGCGCAGGAGGUAUGAGACUUAUGCUUCUGCCAAUGUGACACUGAGUACAUCAGAAAGUGUACAGGAGGACAAGCCAAGCCUAGAAGACAUGGAUGAGGUGCAGCUAAACACUACUGUAGACAACCUAGAUGCACAAGCCUGGGAAUACCCUAGCCAUCCUUACAAGUCUGAGGACUAUCAAGACUCGGAGAAAGUGGUAUUUCUCCAGCAUGGCCUCAUGGGCUCCUCUGAUAAUUGGAACACAAACACCAAAGAAGACUCCCUAGCCUAUCUGCUGUCUGAUGCUGGCUAUGAUGUUUGGAUGGGGAAUUUUCGAGGAAAUAUUUAUUCUCGCAACCAUAAUAGGUUCACAGAUAAUGAUCCUAGCUUUUGGAGAUUUAGCUUCGACGAGAUGGCACGGUUUGACCUUCCUGCCAUGUUGGAUUACGUCAAGAACCAGACAGAGGUAAAGAAGCUUCACUACCUUGGUCACUCCAUGGGCACCACAGUAUUCUUUGCUCUUAUGAGCUCCAAGCCAGAAUAUCAACAAAGAAUUGCCUCGAUGGUGGCUUUAGCUCCUGUUGCCACUGUUACCAGUAUUACAUCUCCCAUCAAAUAUUUGGCACCAUUAGUCAAUGAGCUGCAGUUUGUUCUGCGGUUGUUUGGGAAUGACCAGGAGCUGAUGACCAACAGAUUGUUGAUUUCUUUGUGGGACCCUUACCAUGUGUGUAUGAACCAAGCUUUCUGCGAGAACCUCCAGUUUAUCAUCACUGGCUUUGAUCCUUCCAGGGCUGACCAGGAAAUGGUUCCAGUGAUCCUCUCCCACAACCCUGCGGGAGCAUCUACACAAACGCUGUUCCACUUUGCUCAGAUGUUCAGAGCAGGACGUUUCCAACAUUUUGACUGGGGUCAGAAGGAGAACUUAAAGCAGUAUGGCCAAGUGGAGCCUCCUGAAUAUGAUGUGAAAAAUAUCAAGGUUCCCAUCACUAUGUUUUGGUCACUAAAUGAUUGGCUUAUAGGUGAGGAGGACAUCCAUCGUCUGGAAAAGGAUUUGCCACAAGUUGAGGCUUGCUACAAAGUUCCCAAUCCUAUGUUCAGUCAUCUGGACUUUUUAUGGGCUACUGAUGCUAGAUAUCUUGUGUAUGAAAAAGUUUUUGACAUACUUGAUGAAGCUGUAAAAAUAUCAGUAAUGGGAGACAACAGUGAACUCAGGGCUUCCAUUGUGAAUGACUCCUAGUACUGCAUGAAUAUAUUAAAAAGAUUUUUAUUAUAAUCAAAAAGACAUUAAAAAAGAUAGAUUCCAUUAAUGGGAUUGUAAAAAUACUGGUAUACA